ACGAACAGCAGUGUGUGAAUGUGGCAACCGAGGUAGACAGGGAGGGGUAGAUAGAGUGACCAGACCUCAGGCUUUUUGUCUUUUGUCUUUAUUUCUCUUCUCUGACGAACUGUUUGCAGUCUAUGUACAGACACGGUUGUAAACUUGUGUAUGUAGCAGAAAACCCGACCACUGCUGCUUUUCUCUGGGACUCACCGUUACCGUAGUGAAAACAGCCCAGAAGAAAGAAGGAAGGGGAGAAACAACAUGGGGCGAUGAUAAAAAAAGAAGGUGUUGUGCUGUGAACCGACGAUGACUCUCUGGGAGGAUCCGUGAAGCUUAUUUAUUUUUAUUUAUUGCCCCGCUUUCCCUGUCCCUGUUUUAUUUUUGUAUGUUCUCCUCCCUUGCUACUUUGGUGAGGUUGCUUUUUAAAGGAUAAGGAUACGUUACAAGAAAUACAGAAGGAUGGACCAAGCCGGCAUCCUUAGAAAGUUUAUCCAGGGGGUGAAGGCCAUGAGCGAGGGGGACGAGGAGAGGGGAGAGGACAACUUCGGCAGCGACUUCAUGCGGUUACGGAGAUUAUCAACUAAAUACCGGACGGAAAAGAUCUACCCGACCAACGUAGGAGAGCGGGAGGAGAAUGUGAAGAAGAACAGAUACAAAGAUAUACUGCCAUUUGAUCACAGCAGGGUGAAGCUGACGCUAAAAACAACCAAUCAGGACACAGAUUAUGUCAAUGCAAACUUCAUUAAGGGUAUGGACGGCCCAGAAGCCUAUAUUGCAACUCAGGGCCCGCUUCAGAACACGGUCAUUGACUUCUGGAGGAUGAAUUGGGAGUACAAUGUAGCUGUCAUUGUUAUGGCUUGUCGAGAGUUUGAGAUGGGAAGGAAAAAGUGUGAGCGGUAUUUCCCGUUGCUUGUGGAGGAGCCCAUGAGUUUUGGCCCUUUCAGAAUCUCCUAUGAAUCUGAGCAGGCCAGAACAGACUACGUUAUCAGGACUUUGAUGGUGGAAUAUGAGAAUGAGAGCCGGAGAAUAACACAGUUCCAUUAUAUGAACUGGCCAGAUCAUGACGUGCCCUCAUCGUUUGACUCCAUAUUGGACAUGAUUGGACUAAUGAGAGAAUACCAAGAGAAUGAUGAUGUCCCUAUAUGUGUCCACUGCAGUGCAGGCUGUGGGAGGACAGGUGCUAUCUGUGCUAUCGACUACACUUGGAACCUCCUCAAAGCUGGUAAAAUACCAGAAGAUUUUAAUGUUUUUCGGUUGAUCCAAGAAAUGAGGACGCAACGGCACUCUGCUGUUCAGACCAAGGAGCAGUACGAGUUAGUUCACCGAGCGAUCGCUCAGAUCUUUCAGAAACAACUACUACUCCUGGAGAGCCCCACCAACACGCAGAUACAUGAUGGCAUGGACGAAAGUAGUCCAGAUAAAGCGAGCCACCAAUCAGAUGAUGAGAGAUGGGACACACCUCCUCCCAAACCUCCCCGCAUCCGCAGUUCCCAGGCAGAAGGUGAUGUGAAGGAGGAGAUCCUGCAGCCCCCAGAGCCUCACCCCGUACCCCCAAUUCUGACCCCAUCUCCCCCCUCAGCCUUCCCAACUGUCACCAAUGUACGACAGGACAACGACCGUUACCACCCUAAACCUGUUAUACACGUCCUUGCAACCUCACAGACACAGAACAAAGAAGCUGAUAAGCAGCAGAACAAGUCAACCAGUCUUAACAAGCAGACAAGCCCCUCAGAGCAGAAAGACCAGGAUCUACAAGGUCUAAAACAGCAGACUCAGGUCUCAAAUCUAGACCUGAACGAGAACUAUAACAACAAGACGUCGUCAACAUCCACAAAAACAGAAUGUGGCCAGACGCCCUCCUCGCCCCUCUCAUCAGCUGUUGAAUGUUCCGGUGCUCCUCGGAUCGAGAGGAAGCUGAGCAUUGAGAUUAAAAAGGUCCCCUUACAGGAAGGACCUCGUAGUUUUGACACCUCCACCUCCAUGGGUGUAGCAGGAGGAAUCAGCAACAGUUCCACCAACAACACCGGCAUGCUGCAAAGAAGCCACGCCUUCAAAGCCAGAGCCAGCCAAUCGCUGCUGACGUCGAGCUCCUCGCUGUCGGAGGACUCAGGCACAGAGGGGGGAGCAGGUGGAUACGGGGAGAGUAACGCUGACGGGGGCGUUCUCACCAGACCUAACCACCUCCCUGUGAAGAGCGAGAAGUUGGAGACGCCGGGUGGAGGGGAGAGAGCUGAGGUGAAGGCUGGCCACGCGGCGUGGAGUCAAUCCUGCAGCAGCCCGGACAAACACUUCCCCAAAACCACAUCGUCCUCUUCCUCCUCUUCAGAACGUGUCGCCCCAUCCUCCUCCUCCUCCUCCCACCUGUCCUCCUCCUCCUCCUCCUCCUCCUCCACCCCUGUUAGGACUGCUCUCAGCUUCACCAACCCGCUGCACUCUGAUAACUCGGAUAACGAGGAGGGGGACGGGGAGAUGUCCGGAGGUAAGGAGGGUUAUCGGACCACAGCGACGGCCGUGGUGACGGCGUCCCUCCAUCACGGAGACCAGCAGCCCAUCAGGAAGGUGUCGCCCAUGUCGAUCGCGGGGCAGAGCACUCCGUCACCCUCUGCAAACACAGCAAAUUGCUGGGACAGCGACGACUCCCCUCCCCCCCUCCCUGCGAGAACCCCUGAGUCCUUCAUACUGGCCACAGACCCUCUGGAGUUGAAAACAUCAGCCUCAGCCGAAUGGAGCGGCUCACAUAAAGAUGUGUCAGACUGUGUUAAAAAGACAUCUCCAGCAGACCCUGGAUCAGCUGGAACCACAGCUACAAGCAAGCCAGACCUGGGUGGGGUUCAGUAACCGCUGCAUUCAGCCCAAAGGCCCCUGGGAACCCCCCCUGGAGUGGACAUGAUGGAACAGUCCAUCCUCGCCGUCUACCGGCAAGAGCUCGUCCUCCAUCAGGAUGGAAUCCACCCAUCUCACCUGGCUGGUCCAAAAAAAUAAAAAUAAAAUCAUAGAUGCUAGAAAGACAGAAAGCACAAUGUUAUCCAGAAACAGCUUCUGUGUAACUCUGUGUGAACUCCUCCUCCUCCUCCUCCUCAGUGCCACUGUGCAAAGCAGAAGAACACUUCGACCACGUUUUCCUGUUAGAUAUUUAACUUAAAAACUGACCUUGCAUUAUUCCCGGUAAUGUUUUCUCAGCUGUUUUCAGUGCAAGUCGAAUCUUAUUGUUUAUCUCUCGGAACUGUAGACAUCAUAAAGUGUUCACCUGGAGUUAAUUAUCUGUCAAACCAAAUUAGAAAACACUUCUUUCUUUUUGUAAACUGUAAUCAGAAUUGAUCUUUAAUUGGACACGCUGACUCCCGAGGUUUAACUGAACUCACAGAAGCUGUCCUGCUUCCUUCUACUGAAUGAACAACAAUCUUCAAAGCGAACCUAGAUAAUCUGUCACCCAUGAUGCAACCUUUUCUGUUGGGUAUGUACAGGUUGCCAGGGUGCUCUCUCUCUCUCUCUCUCUCUCUCUCUCUCUCUCUCUCUCUCUCUCUCUCUCUCUCUCUCUCUCUCUCUCUCUCUCUCUCUCUCUCUCUCUCUCUUUCUGUGUGCUGGUGCUACAUUACAAAGGCUCAGCAUAGAAACAGAAGCACACAAGCCGACUGUCAUCUUCCUUUAGUUGUUCCUUAAGUACAUCUUGGUUUCCUGUUAGCUGCAGUAAUGUUAGCUUGGGUGCUUUUUAUUUCCAUGCUGACCUCCCUGAUUACCAGAGUCAUGGAUUAAUGCAGUUUGGUCAUUGCACUGGUCAGAGAGAUGCCUUCUCUGUGGUUGUUUUAGACAUCUUAAUUAAUAGACAUAUUGGUAAAUAGUGUAUUCAUUAAUCUGGUAAGUGUCAUCUCAUGUCUGCAAAUAAGUUAAUAAGGGGGUAGAGCCAGACGCGAUUUAGCUUUAUUUAGCAUUAAAACUGGAAAUGCUCAAAAUCCACCAACUAGUGCCAUCUCAUUGAUUUGAUCUGAGCUCAAACUUAAACCUAACACACCAGGAGCCUUAUAAACUGUUGCAAACUUAUUCUAACUACACUUUUUGCACUGAUAAUUCAAAUGAAAUGUCUAGUGUUUAUUUAACCAGGCUGCAUUAGCCAUUCCCCAUUGUCCAGUUUUAAUGGCACUGUACCUUUAAAUUUAAGAUACAGACAUCAGAAUGGUUUCAGUGUUCUCAUCAAACUCUCCGUAAAAAGGUAACUAAGAAUCCUUUAAAAAAAAAAAAAAAAAACAAGUGCAGAGUGAAAAUGAGCUGAAGGAGCACCUCAUGUAAUGACCAAACUCAUCCGAUCUGUGACUGUGGCCUUCACUGCUGGGACCAUGAGCCUGCCUUAGUCCGCCUCCAAGAGAAGACAGCCAAUAACAGUCCUGCUUUAUUUGGCUUCUCUCUUCAGUUCAUGUUUUUUAAAUGUAUGUGUGUGGCUUCUCCUGGUCUUACUUUGGGAAUUAACGUUUUCAUUUCUGUUUCUUCUGCAAUGUCUUUUUGUUCUCAUUCUCCUCCUGCUGGUCUGGCCCUCAGACAAACAACCAUACAAGUGUUGUUUUUCUGCCAGUUUACUCACAAUAAACCUCUGGUUGUUGUUUUUGUUGCAGUAAGAAUGUUACACAUCUUCUGAAACUCUUACAAGACUUGACAGAUUAAUAUAAAGUCUGCCUUUCGAAGCCUGACUCUACAAACACAGCUUGUAUGGUUUCUCGUCUGAAGGCCAAAUUACAAAAACUUCACUGUAGCUGCUUGUGUUUGUAAAACAAAGAUCCAAUAAGACAGCAGCAGCCAUGGACCCAGGACUCCUGGUAUUCUCCUGAUGUUAAGCUCUCUGCUAACUCCUCCUUCAUUACUAUACAGUAUAUGCAUUGUUUUCUAAAGAUAAAGAAACUGAACAGGGCAGUUAAGGUAUAUAGUAUUUAAUUUGUUUUGUUAUCUCGAAUAUUCUUAUUUACAGAAGAUGUAAGAAAGUCAGUGCAUGAUGAUGAUGACGAUGAUUCCUCCCUUACGACAUGUCUCCCUUCCAACUGUAAAUUAUUCUGCUGACCUUUUGUUUUUUGCUCCUUGCAAAUAUUUAAGGGUUAAUUUGUAUUUUUAUGUUAGAAUUAUAUGAUAAAGUUGUUUUCUUUGCUUUUUUUUGGUUAAAUUGAUCAGCAGAGGAAAUGUGUUGCCCCCUACAGAUAGCGACAGUGGGCUUUGGAAUAAGAUUGUAAUAAUAAUAUUAAUGAUGAUGAUAAUAAUAAUAAUGGUUGUUUUUUGUAAAUGGUAUUUUUAAAGUUAUUUUUGUAUACGCAGUUGUUUGUUGCGUCACAAGUCCACUGCCACCCACUGAAUCCAUCUCCUCUUCUGACAUCUCUCUCCACCUCUCUGUCUUGUUUGGAUGACUUUUUGCUCCUUUGAUGUAAAACAUGCAGCAGUCAUUGAUCUCCUGCUCUGGACAACGAGCCGCUCAUUUCUCUCUCUUCUGCCCCCCCUACUUAGUAUUUUCCCCAGCUGUUUUCUUGCUUUAAUUCCCCUCCCUGCCUCACACACAUGAUUCUGCCUCUUUAAUUUUUAAAAGGCUGUCACUUCCCACACAUCUGAUUGGUUCACCAGUUAGUAAAGCAUCUACAACUUCAUGGUGCAUCAAAUAAGAAGUCACACCAUCAGACUUGACUUAAAGUUGUGUAAAGAACUUCCUACCUUCCUUUCUCUUUAUUUAGCACACGUUAACCAUGUACACUAGCCUCGAUCUCAGACAAGAGCCCACCUGUGCCUUUAAGAGAGAGCCCGCCCACUUUCCUUUCCUGUCAUCUCCUCAAGUCAUAAAUGACGGCUUGAGUGUGAGCGAUGUGUUUCGCUGCUGCUUGCUCAAUGAGUCCUGUGGGACUCACCUUCAACCACCCCAAAAAACACCACCUUCUUCACGCACGCACACACACCUAAAAUGUUUGUAUGUUGCAGAAAUCAAUCAGUAAAAAUGAACCUUAAGUAAAA